AUGUCUCUCUCUAAAGCUAAAAGCAUUAAAGAAUGUAAUAUCGUUACAUUUAAUGCAUCAAAAAAUGAAAUAUUGAAGGUUGAACAAAUGAAAGUUUUUCUUAGGAAAUUGGUAUCAAAAGGUUUUACUGUAGCCGUUAAUAAUGGUCGAAUUUCAGCUAAAGUUUUAGCUAAAUCCAAGAUAUAUGUUUUGCUGUGUUCAAGGAGUAAUUUUGAUGGUAUUGAAUUAAAUCUAUUUCGUACGUUCAUCAAACAAGGUGGAAGACUGUUGGUGACAUCUACAGAAGGAAAAACGACAUCAAACAUCAAUGUUCUUUUAAAAGAAUAUGGCGUAGAAUUUAGAUCUGAUACCGUGAUUGGAAUAGUUAGAAAUUCUAAUUACUUCUAUCCCAAAGAAGUAUUAAUUGCAGAUGGUAUUGUCAACGAAUCAAUUCAUGCAGUGAAUUUGCAGUUCAAAUACUGUGAGAAAUCACCCUUGUUCGAAAACAAAAGGCCUUUUCCGAUACUGUAUCCAUUUGGUUGCACAAUUAAUGUCGACAAACCAGCAGUGGUUCUUGUGUCCACAGGCAGUUUUUCAUAUCCUUUGGAUAGACCUACGUGUGGUUUUUACCAAAAUUCAAGCAAUGGAAGAAUAUUAGCUUUUGGAUCAUCGUGUUUUUUUGCUGAUAUAUAUAUACGAAAAGAAUUAAAUUCAAAAAUGGUGGACUCUUUCUUGCAACUGCUUUCUGACGAAAAAAUUGAAUUGAGUAUUGCAGACAUCCAGUGCCCCGAUAUCGCUGAUUAUGCCCAAAUGCCAUGUACUGAGAAAAUGUCUGAUAUGCCAUAUUCUUGUCUUACAGAAGGUGAAGAGAUCCCCUCGGAAAUUGAUUCGCUCUUUAAUCGCAAACUUUACCAAGUGGACAUGAGAUAUUUACCUGGAGUUUUAUCAGCAUAUAAAACUUUAAAUAUGCCAAAAGAACCUCUGAAAAUUAUUAAACCGAAGUUUGAGGUUCCGCUACCUCUACUUCAACCUGCAUACGUUCCACCGCGAUCCAGAAGCGCUCCUAAUCCUUAUUUAGAGUUAAUGGAUCUGGAUGAAUUUUUUACCAAUCCAUGGACGAGAUUAGCCCAGUUAACAAAUAAAUGUUCGAACAUGGACCUGGAAUAUUACAUUAUAGAAGCUGCGGAAAUAUUAAACAUAAUGAUGGAUUGCGAAGGAAAAAAGAACACUAAACGUGUUUUAGAAUUUGUGCUUUGUAAAAUAAUAGAACUUAAAAAGUAUCGAUAUUAA